CGAAAUAAAACAUGGCGGCGGAAGACAUCCACGUCAGGCUCUGCUUGCAAGAAAUUGUCAAACUAGACCUUGAAGUCAAAGCAAUUAUACAGGAUAUAAGAGAUUAUGCUCAAACAACACAAGAUGUCGAGGAUUUCAAUGCUCAAGCUCGAGAACGGAUAACCAAAUUACGUGGAAAAGUGAAUGAACUGGAGCAACUUGGAAGAGAACAAGACAAAGAUUCAGACAGAGAGGCCAUUUUAAAAAAUGUGGACAACCACCGGCAAACACUGUCCAGCACUAUCACUAGCCUGCGACAGUCGAACCUGACAACGCAGCUAAUGAUAGAGAAGAGGUCCAAAGAGCAGCUAUUGUCAGGUGGAAUGUCAGCUAAGCAGAGAGGCAAGGGCAACAAGGAAACCCUGGCUAAGACCGCCGGCAACAUCACAGAGAAUCUCAUGAGCCUCAACAAGAUGCUGACAGGCCAGCUGGAGCAGAGUGAGCUCAGCAUGACCAUGUUAGCUUCAUCCUCGAAGACUGUGACGGACACACAAGAUGAGUUCCGCAACAUGGGCGGGCACAUUGAGAACUCUCGGCGCCUUCUUACCAAGUAUGGACGCAGAGAACUCACAGACCGACUUCUGAUAUUUCUUGCUCUUGUGUUCUUUUUUGCAACAGUGCUGUACAUAAUGAAGAAAAGACUUUGGCCAUCAUGAUAUAAAGAUGUUACUUAUUUGUAAAUAUUCAUACAAUAUUAAAUAGUGCAAUAUG